AUACCACAAGAGGCUCAUUUGUAAAUUGUGCGUCGGGAAGUCCGUGGAGUUUGAGGGGAAAUUCAGUAGAGCUUGCCAAUUGUUAAAGGAAACUCCUUCGUGGGGAGAAGUGAGAUUCUGAACACGCUGUGACUGCUAUUUUGUUAGCUUGCUAGCUAGCAUCAAGCUUCUCCACGAGCAAAUUGGACGGAAAAUGCUUCCAAUGAACGUCUCAUGAAAUAUUUUCCUGACAUUUCUUUUUAGUAAGUCUCCGAGUGACACAAUGGCCAAGCCUCCGACAAUCAACUUCAUCCUGGGUCUCUAUGUUUGUCUGAACCUCUCCUUCUCUGUUGCUCUUUCCAAUGUUCCCGUCCUAACAAACAUCAGUUUGACCUGCCACAAUUUUAAGAAUGUGUUAUACUGGAACUACAGCGCUCCCGAACUGAAGCCUGAAUUCAACAUAACCAUUAGUGGGUAUGAAAGUGAAGGCACGUCGGUGCGCACCAAUCAGACCUACCUGGAUAUCAGUAAAUACACUCAGGAUGCUGGGGAUAGUUACAACAUUCAAGUGGCAACUCAAGCUAACGGAUCAGAACUUAGCUCUGAGGACUUUAAAUUCAGCUACAGCGAAAACCUUAUUACGGACAUUACAUGCGUGGUGGACUUCCCAAAGUUGGAUGUUUCUGUCUUUGACCGCAGAGUCAAACUCUCCUUUGCUCAUCCCUAUAAUUUCUACAAUCUUGAAUGCCUCAAAGGAGAGUUUUUGUGGCAGAUUUUUUAUAACAAGACGGAGAGAGAGUGUGGACCGUGUUUUGAGGACGAUGAUGUGUGUACAGAAGAGUUCCAGCUAUCUGAGAAUAUUUAUGGGAAAUGCAUGAACAUAAACAUCAAGGGAUCUGUUGAAGGCAUACCAGCUGAAAUUACCAGACAGGUGUGUGACCACCAAGCUCCUAAUAAUACAGAUUGGAUAGUACUUUUAACAGUUUUGUUAUGCGUUGGGUUUGGCCUUCUGCUCCUGAUAACAUCUGGAGUCAUAAUGUACAGGAAACUGACCAAAGCUGACUCUCAGAGCACACUCUCCAAACUCCUGGGAAUAGUGAGAUCUGAUCACGUCAACGUGCCCGAGCAGCCCGCUCUGUCAAAGGUGACGUCUGUAGGACACACCCCUCUGCUGGAGACCCCCGAUCCGUUUUUUACAGACACCUCCAUCUUCAAGUGUGAAGACGGCUCUGACUUGCCCACUCACUUCCCCACUAACAUCAAUCCUGAUAUAACGUAUUCAGAGGAGCAAGAACAGGAAGAUGGGGAGGAGGAAGCAGAUUCUGAAGACUUUGACAGCGGUAACAGCUUCUCAGGCUAUGACAGCCAUAAGUUCCCUAUUGACAUGGGACAAGGAGACAUAGUAGAAGCCUAUGGGCCACGUUAGCUUUAAAGUGCACCAGAAAUUGGUAAUCAAACCUAUUUCAAAACCUAUUUCUGUAUUUGCACUUGCCUUGAAAUCCAAAAAGUCUGCAAAAAAAAACCUACUGUAUGCCUGUUUUAAUCAGCAUACAUGGCAUCACUUGGCACUUUUUUCCUCACCAGAACGAAACCAAUCAAAUUAUAAAGCUGGAAUGAGUGCCUUUUGAGAUUGAACGAUUUCAUAAAUGAAACCCCGUGAAACUCUCCUCUCUUUCCCUCCAUCUUACUUCAUCUCACUGUUUGAACCAGUGACUCGGUUUUCCUCACUUAAAGGUUUUUAGGUAGGAGACAUUCAUUCAAGUGGGAAGUUAGGAACUUCUUGCCAACAUUCAGUUUUAGGUCGUGAGCUUGGCUUCACUGAUGCCUUAAUAUAGUUUCUUCAUUGUUCUAGCAAAGUUACACACAGUGCUGGAAAAGGGUUUAAAAUGAAAGAGAAAUGCCCAAACAGCUUCCCCUGGGGAAUCAAACAUGUGGGUAUUGGUCACAGGGUGGACCGAACCUUCAGAAGCAAAUGAAAUAAGAUAUGAAAAUGAAUCUUAUUAGAAAUGUAUAUAUCUUUUAAUUUUGUUGUAAUUUUUGUUCAGAUGAAGCUGUUCUUCAUUUGGCGAGAAACUAAGACUGUGAUAGACUGUUACUAGAACUAACUUGAGGUUUGACAAUUGGCCUCCAUUCAUUUUAAUGUUAAAAUGUAAUAAUACAUAUUUUUUUUAUGUUUUAGAUCAGGGGAGGGCGUAUUCUUUUUAAGAUAUCAUCAAUGAGGACAAUGUAAUGUUUUUUUUUGUUUUGUUUUGUUUUUUUAAAGGGAUUUCAAUAAUAGCUUUAAAUUAGAGUUGUGUGAAAACAGAAAAAGAGCUGAGGUGUCUCAGCAAAAUGCCAAGUCUUGUACUGGCUGUAUCAGGACUAAUGUUAUUUUUCAUCUCAUGCCAUGAGCUCCUUAAUGAUGUGAGGCACUUUAAAUGUGUUAGAUACUGAGUAUGAUCAGCACCAUUCCCCAUCGUCCUAAGUGAGCCAUUGAAAGAUAAAGCUCAAUGUGUUUGUAUAUAAAAAGCUUUCUCAUCCAUUCUUCCGCAAGCAUUGCUGAUGAGACGUCAUAAUACGCUGAUCUAACGUCAUAAUACAGGCUGGAUGUUUUUCCAGAGUAUGUAUAGCAAUGAUCCAUGCGCUGUGUCCUAUUGAACAGUAACAACAUCAAUCAAGCAUUAAUUAUUCAGCAGCAGCAAUAUGGAAUGUAACCGCUGUCAUGGUAUUAUAAAAUGAUACAUCUGCUUUCUGCUGUAUACCGUGUACCUAAACUAAACAAACAUUUACACCUCUGAACAGCUCCUAAUACUGCAUGCUAUACAAAUAUUACAGUACUGAUUCACUUGGGUACACACUUUUUUAUUGAUUUACCUUUUAUUGAUAUCAAUUCAUCCUUUUUAAGCACCUUAUUGAAAUGCCAUUGUGUGUCUGUGUGGGUGUAUUAUUAUAAAAAGAAAAAAGAAAAAACAAGUAAACAUUCCGCUUUGAUUUUGCUUAAGUACAUAUUGUGUAAUUCUUUGAUUCAUUCACUAGACUAUUGUUACAGUUGUGUGUAAUGUAUUUGUUUGUCCUUUCUGUUAAAACAAAUAAAUAAACAAAUCUUUGUAUGUGACUAGA